GAAUAAAAGGCUCUCACGCCAGUCUGCGAGUCACUCAGUUGCCCGCGGUGUCGCCAAGCCACGAGACCAGCCUGCUGUCGAGCGAAUGAACCUUAACGAAGAAAACCAGUGAGAGAGAGAGAGAGAAAAAAAAUACAAAACAGUCUGGUAGCUUCCACGCCGCCGAGAGGAACUGCAUUCCGCAAACGCACAUUUAAUUAAAACUCGGAGGGAGACUUCCUGGGCAUUCAGGCUCCACGGACGGAGGCAACCACAAGUACAAGGGGGGAGAGAUUCCCUUUCCGCACAUACCUGCUUGCAUCCUAAACAGAAGCUGACGUUUGUGAAGACAAGAGCUGAUUCCAUUCUCUGUGAUUCUUGCAGGCAUUCCUUCUGACCCGCACGUUACGAGCGCCGGCCGGCCGAGCGACCGGACGGGAGGAGCAGUCGACAGCGGCAGCAGACGAGACUCGCGUCAGUGUGCGUAGAGACGUAGAGAGAGAGAAGGAGCUGUGCCUUCGCCCGACCAUGUCGCUGGAUUCAUUCAUAGGAAAAUGGGUGGAGAGCGGGAAGGAAGGCUUCGAGCAGCUGGCCCAGACCAUAGGCCUACCUGCAGACAAGCUGGAGUUCUACAAGCAGGCCAAGACGGAGAUAACGUAUACCAGGGAUGGAGAUCAGUGGACAAUAAAUGUAGGAAUCGUUGGAGUUCCCAACGGUUCUAGGGUCUUUAAUUUCGUCAUGGGUCAGCCCUAUGACUCCGUCAACAUUGAUGGCACGCCGUUAAAGAGCGUGAUUACCUUCGAGGGCGGAGCCUUUGUUGAACAGCACAAGGAGGCGGGACCAAGGGAAGCGGAAAUGAGCAUCGUUAGGAAAGUCAACGGGAACACCAUGGAGGUGCAAACAACGGUUGGAGGCGCCACGAUGACGUCGAUCUACAACAAAGUAUGAACGUGAUGACGUCAUCACGAGGGGGACAUGGCUGCUUCACAAGCUGAGAAUGAUGUUGCGGAUUUUUUGUGUUUCAUGCUAUGAGUGCGAAACUGAACGCGCAAACAAGUGCUGGAUAUUUAUUUGUUUAUUUAUUUAUUCAUUUGUUUAGAUAUUUAUUUCAAUUUUUAUACGAGGCUAGCCCAGGUGUUUUGUGAACUCGGAGUUCAUCUCGAUAAUUUUGAUGUUGUGUUCUACGUGUGCCUGCUCUGUGACUUCAAACAUUAAAGCUAACAUCUCGAUGUGCAUCAAAGCCUUUUUUAUGUCCUCGCUGCAAGAGAAGAAGAAAAAGACGAAGACUUCUGAAGACCAAAUGCCUGACUAGAUUGAUGUUCAAAGAUAAUUAUUCUGUCUUCAAGCUCGCUCGUAUGGAGUGAACACCUCUCAUUUUUCUGUGUUAUAGCUUUUGAUGUCCUCGAAUGGUAGACAAACCAUUUUAAUGGCCUUUUCUGGUGCUACAGUCGUUUAUUUGCUUAAUACUGAGUGUGAAAAAAAGGACUGGUAUCAUCAAAUGUGAGGAGUAUAAAUCUGAUUGAUGCUGCUUUUUUAAACAGAAUAAUAAAAAAAUUGGAGAUAAAAAUAAAAUAAUAAAAAUAGAAGAGAAAGAUUUUCCGGAAAUUCUACUAAUGUAAGAAGAAAUAAAUACACGCUUUUGCCUUUUCUUGUUGUAAGUUCUGGCACGCUCAUGUUCUUGUAACUGAUAAGCUUCGUCAGCAGAAGUAGAGGUCGACCUCCCAGGUCGAGUUGGCUGAUUCUAAUGCUUGAAGCUUGCACGUGGUGCGUGCGGCCUCGCUCGUGUUCCAAGAGGGGCAAGGGGUGGAUUCCGGAUUGUGUGGAACGUGUGUGGUGAAGUGGAGGUGGGUGGGAAGAAGAAUAUUCGAUAAUUUUGCUGUGAACAGAUGAGAUGACGUAUGUGAACGCUGUGUCUGGCGUGUGAACGCUGUUUGCAGAGCUGAAGUGAACAGACAUGCGCACAGGACAUGUGAAUGGCGCGCUGAGGAAAUACCUGCUGCGAUUUUUGUUUGUUUGUUUGUUUUGUGUUAUGGCGAGCGUCUACUUUCCCCGCAGGUGCAAUUAAUGUAUGUGUAUUAACUUAUUAAACUGCCUUGAGCUUGCAC